CAGUAAAUUAUCACUGGAUGGGUGUUUUUGAUCCGUUUUUCUUGUGUUGAGAAGUUUUGUGUGCUCAGAUUUCUCUGAGCUCAGCUUUAUUUUCCGAUCACUCUCGCGCCAGUCCCUUGUAUCUCGCGCGCUGUUCCGGAAGGGGUUUCACACGCUCCACAACAGACCAAUCAGAGGACAGGUUUCCCAGGAAACGUCCUGUUGCCAUGAAGUUGUGCUGAAGGUUGUAGCAGCUGUGGACGGCAACCAGGUGUGUUACAGCUACAAGCGGCGGAUUCAAGGACAGCUAGUACAGUAGAUUGAAAGAACUCUGAAGUGAUUUCAUCAUAAAAUGUCACCUCUGUCGUUGCAGUACUUCCAGUCAAAACUUCAAAUGGAUACAGUGGCGAAAGCCUUGGAAGAAGUCCUCACCUCUGCCUUGCCACAGGGCUGCAUUACAGUUGGUGUCUACGAGGCAGCUAAGUCCCUCAACGUAGACCCUGACAAUGUGGUUCUGUGCAUCUUGGCCACUGAUGAGGACGAUGUUAAAGACGUGGCCCUGCAGAUUCACUUUACGCUCAUUCAGGCUUUCUGCUGCGAGAACGACAUCAACAUCCUGAGAGUCAAUAACACCCACCGCCUGGCAGAGAUCCUUGGAGGGGGUGGAGGAAAACAGAGCGGGGGUGAACCUAUGGACCUGCACUGUGUCCUUGUCACUAGCCCUCACUCGACAUCAUGGAAGGACCCGGCUUUGAGCAAACUCAACCUAUUCUGCAGAGAGAGCCGCUGCAUGGAUCAGUGGGUCCCCAUCAUCAAUCUCCCUGAACGAUGAACAUCCCAGGAUCCAAAAAAACCUGUCCAGAAACAGAUCAUAUCUGCACAGGAAGCAUGUCUUAAACCCCAACUGACGCACGUUACCACCCAGAGAAUAAAUUCUGCUGCUAUGCCAGUUGGUUAAAAGAGAAAAAAGGAAGAAAAACACAUGCUGUCUGCUGUGGGAUGUGUUUAAAAGGAAAAUAAAAAGCGUGGGGUCGGAAUUUCCACUUCGAACUGGGUUUGUUUGGAGUUACGUCCGUCAGCCUUUGCGAGCAACAGGAGAUGGCGAAGGACUUUAUUCGUCUGGAGGUGGAAGUGUUAUUAAGCAUGUGUGCUAUUCAGUGUGAAGCCUGUAGCUGAACACAAGGACUGUAUCAUGUUUGUUUGGGAAGGUCCCUGUGACGAGCUGAAGAAGUUGGGAGGAACCGGAGCAUGGAGCUGUUGAGCGGACCAAGGACUCAGUCUGUCUAUGCAAAAAUAAAGCACUUGUAAAAACACUGGACCUAAUGCAGUUUAACUUAUUCAUUACAACUGUUCAUGUUGAGGUUGAUGUUAUAAUUUCAAAAGGGAAGGGCUACACAUCCAGUGAAGACAUUCUGUUUGUUUAGUGUUUCUUCUACCUAUCUACUAUCUAUAAAUACACCAGCUGGUUUUUGGCACAAGUGAAGUAGUUCUUUUGUUCAAAUGUAAGUUAUUUCUAAUUAUAUUUAUGCAUAUUUAUGUUAUUUUUUUACACACUAGCAAGAUCUGAGUACCAAAUAAAUGUUUUACUGUCAAUAAAAUCUUUUUGAAAACAAAA